GAGCCCCUCUAGCUUGCUAGCCGAGCCCACACUCUUUGGCUAUGGCCGCCGAACUUCCGGCAGUAAAUUUCGUGGUUUCCCGCCGCCGCCCGCGCAUGCGUAACGAGAAUACCCACAAGAAGUCAGGAAGGGUGGCGCUUGCGUAUUAGCCGCAGGGGUGUGUCCUAGUGGCCGCCUGGAACGGGGUGGGCAGUCGGCGAAGGGGCUAGUUAGCGCCUGCGUAGUACUAAGCUCAAGGUAGUGUUUUGAGUUGAAGGGGCUGGCGCUUCCUGAAGGCGCCUGCGUAUUCCUUCGGCUGGACGUGGUGUUAAAUCAGAAGGUGGGCGUGGCUGCAGAUGGCGCCUGCGCAGUUGCUCCUCCAAAGGGCUGGGGCGAGCCCAGAACGAGUUAGGGGGCGUGGCCUCAGAGGCGCCUGCGCGAAGGCGGUUGGAGGGAGGCCCGAUUUCCCUUUGUUCAGGUUCGCCAUUUUGCGAGGCAGCGGCAGUGGCGGCGGCAGCGGCGGCUGGAGCCUCUGAUUGGGUUUCGGAGUCCGGUACUGGAGCCAAUCAGCGCGGGCAGCGAACCGGGGGAGCGAGGCACGGAGUAUACCUCACAGCCUUCUAGGAUCUCCAGAGUGGACAGGAAUCUCACUUGGAGGGACCAUGGAGCAGUAUACAGCGAACAGCAAUAGUUCGACAGAGCAGAUUGUUGUCCAGGCAGGACAGAUUCAGCAGCAGCAGCAGGGUGGUGUCACUGCUGUGCAGUUGCAGACUGAGGCCCAGGUGGCAUCCGCCUCAGGCCAGCAAGUCCAGACCCUCCAGGUAGUCCAAGGGCAGCCAUUAAUGGUGCAGGUCAGUGGAGGCCAGCUAAUCACAUCAACUGGCCAACCCAUCAUGGUCCAGGCUGUCCCUGGUGGACAAGGUCAAACUAUCAUGCAAGUACCUGUUUCUGGAACACAGGGUUUGCAGCAGAUACAGUUGGUUCCACCUGGACAGAUCCAGAUCCAAGGUGGACAGGCUGUGCAGGUGCAGGGCCAGCAGGGCCAGACCCAGCAGAUCAUCAUCCAGCAGCCCCAGACGGCCGUGACUGCUGGCCAGACUCAGACACAGCAGCAGAUUGCUGUCCAGGGACAGCAAGUGGCACAGACUGCUGAAGGGCAGACCAUCGUCUAUCAGCCAGUUAAUGCAGAUGGCACCAUUCUCCAGCAAGUUACAGUCCCUGUUUCAGGCAUGAUCACUAUCCCAGCAGCCAGUUUGGCAGGAGCACAGAUUGUUCAGACAGGAGCCAAUACCAACACAACCAGCAGUGGGCAAGGGACUGUCACUGUGACACUACCAGUGGCGGGCAAUGUGGUCAAUUCAGGAGGAAUGGUCAUGAUGGUUCCUGGGGCUGGCUCUGUGCCUGCUAUCCAAAGAAUCCCUCUACCUGGAGCAGAGAUGCUUGAAGAAGAGCCUCUCUACGUGAAUGCCAAACAAUACCACCGUAUUCUUAAGAGGAGGCAAGCCCGGGCUAAACUAGAGGCAGAAGGGAAAAUUCCGAAGGAGAGGAGGAAAUACCUGCAUGAGUCUCGGCACCGUCAUGCCAUGGCACGGAAGCGUGGUGAAGGUGGUCGAUUUUUCUCUCCAAAGGAAAAGGAUAGUCCCCAUAUGCAGGAUCCAAACCAAGCCGAUGAAGAAGCAAUGACACAGAUCAUCCGAGUGUCCUAACCCCAGGCCAUGUGAUGGAGCUGAUCAAAGUCCUGUUCCUCACCAGUUUCUCACUGUUCCAGGAAAUCGAUCAACUCAUCCAGUGGGACAUUGACGAUCACAUUCUGCCCUUUUCUACAGGACAGAAACCACUUAGUUUUUAAUAAGUGGCCCAGUAUUACUAUUGCAGCGAUGCCUGGCAAAUUGAAGUUGCAAGCCUUUGUCUUACUCUUUCAGUCAGGACCUAUUUCACACUGUUGAUGCCAUUGACAUUUCAUGGAUUCAGAUGAUGCAAGGAGACACACGCCAGCCCAGCAGUACAUACAGCACUUACGUUGACUGGUGAAGUCAGCCAUCUCAGCAGGGAAGAACAACCUUCUCAACCAAAACUGCAGUCAGGAAAGUGGCAGCCCACUCCUUCCCAUGGAAUUUAGACAGCAUUUAUCUCUCUGGUAGGGGAUCUCACACUGAGUAACUGAAUGGACGCUUUGUAUUCAGAGAUGGCUUCCACGCAAGGAAGUUCUAUCUUGUGAUAUGGAAACAAUAAAUUCCUGAGGUACAUUCUUCUAAUCUGUGGUAAUAAUAAGAAUUUCUGUCUGCCCAGAUGGUAGGUUGAUAUUUCUGAACUCAAGCCAAGAAAAAGCUAACUCUGGGAUAGAAUGAUAAAAGACUGAAGCACUAAAAAUAUACAUUGCUGAAUCUCUUUUUCUAGCUUUGAAAAGUUGUGGUCUGCUUGUCCCUCUGUUGACUGGUCAUCUGGACCAUAGUACUUGCUGUGACUACUUCUAAGACAACGUAGAGGGUACUGGACCUUGAAACUGCCUUUCCUAAGUAGAGAACAAGACUAUUCAACAACUUCUUUACUGAAGCACUGAGGACAUUUGUAGUAACUCCUAAAGGGAGAGCCAAACUAGAGAUUUUCAAUCAUAGACUUUGUGACAGCAUUGGGGAACUGAAAGGUUCAUGUGUUUCAGCCUAGGAGGAGAGGGGGAGACGAAGAGAGAGAGUAGCAUGUACAGCCAUACGUUAUAGAGCGCAAUUCUCCAGUAGAUGGAUACCUGGAAUGGAUCAUUAUGAUGAAGAGAGUAAUUCACAUUUACUGUAGAACCUUUAACAAGCACUGAAAGGAAGAAAUCUGAGAUUCGGUCCUUGACAAUUUCUGGAAAGCACUGAUCAGUCACGCUGUCCCGGACAGAGUCUAGGUUACCCACUAGAUCCUGAAGUGGAUGUUGGCUUCACUCCUGCAGCACAAUGCUGGCCCUAGAAAGCAAGCAUUCUCAUUCUUCCCAUGGCAGCUGAUGCUUUGGUGCCAGUUUUCAUGUUUUCUCCAUAGGCCUUUUGCAGAAAAGUUUUCUCAUUGCAUCCAUAACUGUGAGAAUAAAUUGCAGACUAGAAAUAGACAUGCCUGCAGGGUCAGGAACUAGGCCAUUGUUACCAGAAUGGGUUGUGCCUCAAAUCUAUUUCUUUUCUAGAUGGUGAGCCCUGAGAGAACUAAGAUAAUUUCAGAAGAGCUGGCUGUCUUCUGUGGAAACAAGGAAAACCCAAUAAUUCUGAGGAACAUUUGGGGUUAAAUACCAAGAAUAAAGAUUAGGUCUUUCUUCUUUGACUUCAGCUUAACUGUAUUAAGACAGAAAAUAAAUUAAGCCCUGGAAAAACACCACAAGAAGAGAUCAUUGUAAUGAUAGAAAUAGAGGUACAGAGCUAUGCAAAGGAAACAGGAAGUGAAAUCUUCCCAGUCCCAGGGAAUCUGGUAAUCUAUCCAGGCUUCCAGAUGUCAAAGUGCUGAUCCUUUGGUAAGCUCACUAGAAACUUCCGGCUCUCUAUAAGAGUUUUAGACAUUAAUGUUAUUCAGUAAGUCCCAAGUUUUUCAGAGGAUAGAUUAUUAACAAUGAGGAAUAUUCCUUGGUUAAUUUAGGAGUCCAAGAUGCAGAGUUCAGAAGUUACUCAGAUCUAACUGAGUGCUUAAGCUGCCAAUAGUUAUGCUAUUUAUUUGUGUCUGUAAGUUUGUACAUAGUAAUGCCAGCCUUGUUGCUGAAUUUUUUAUUUGGGGGUGGGGGGAUGAGUUUGAAUUUUGUUUUGUUUGAAAUGCUUCAGUUGUCAUUUUGUCAUUGCAUUUCAAAUAGCUCAUGACCCUUUUCUUGUGGUCACUUUAGCACACCAUAGUAGCCCACAAAGUGGGGGCAGGGUAUUGACAUUCAUAUUUUUUCUUGUUACUAGUUCUUUUGUUCAUUUUUAUUUGUGACUCUAGUGAUGACUUCACAGAUGCAGAGUGAAUGGAUAAAUGAAUAAUUGGUUUAAUGCCUAGUUAUGCCACUUGAGUGCUUUUUCUUUUAAUGCAGGAUAAUUUUAAGUGUAUAUAUUUUAACUGCACUGGUACAUUGAACAUGUCAGUGUCUAUACCACUGGACCAACAGAGCAUUUUGUGGCUAUAGGGUGCCUGAUAAUAAUGUCUUGAUUUUUCUUUGGGACUCAGCUAUAUCGAAGGUUUUUCCCCUAGUGGUAUGGGGGGUACAGGUGAUCGAUCAUUGAUGUCAUUGCAAUUGUUAUUUUUUAAAAUAAAUUUAUAAAAA